ACUUUGAUUUUAUGUUUGCUUAUUUCUCAGAACCAUGGCUCUAUAAAGGCGGGGUGAAAGGCUACCCAUUUCGUUUGUGAUGGACAAUUGACCUUUAAAGUUUUUAUUGCAUCCCAAAUGGCGUACGUCGCAUUGUAGUAUUACUCGGGUGAGUCUGAGGUCAAACUACAGGGAUUUGGAUUUUCUAGAGCACAAACAUGAAUGCUAAAUAACCAAAGUGAUUCAUGUUCAGAAAAAGAAAUAUUUUGAAGUCACUAGAGUUGAUAGUAUGAGAGACAGUAUUGGUGUAUUGCCAAGGUGCCAAGAGGUUCACAUCCACUUUCACACUUUUACUAGCCCUGAAAUCAGCUUGUUUAACUCAAUCGAGAAGUACGAAGGGUCUGCUUAGUCUGAUGAUAAAACCAUAGUCAGUAUUAUAUUACCCCGUAAAGUUGAUCACCUCAAUUCCUUGAACUUGCUAUGAUGAACUCAUUAUUUACUUCACAUCAAACAACAGAGGAAUGUUACAAUGAAGGCUCUCCUAUUUGUAGAUACUAAUAAUCAUCUUAACUGUGGACUCAUAAAAAGACUUGUUCUCAAUUGAAUACAUUAGUUCCUCGUGCAAAACUACUAUUGUUUUGUUGGUUGUGGUUGGAGGGGUGCGCUCUAUAAAUAUUCACCAGAGAACUCAUACUAUGAAAGUAGUAGUUGUUGGUUUACUAGGUAAUCAUGGGCAGGUUGCUCUAGUGCUGAUUUUUGGUGUUUCCCAUCUCUUUUGAGCAAUAUGCCGAUAUGCGAGUGCUAAAACACCCUUUCCAAUAGUGCGCUCUAGCAAUAUUCACUAGAGAACUCAUUCUAUGAAAGUAGUAGGUGUCUGUUCGCUAGGUAAUUAUGGGCAGAUUGCUCUAAUGCUGAUUUUUGGUUUUCCUACCCUCUCUUUUGAGCAAUAUGCAUAUGCUAGUGCUAGUUACCCUUUCCAAUAGUGCGCUUUAACACUAUUCACUAGAGAACUCGAUCAAACUUUGAAAGUAGUAGUUGUCAGUUUGCUACGUAAUCAUGGGCAGGUUUCUCUCGUGCUGAUUUUUGGUGUUCCUCCCUCUUUUAUCCGAGUGCUAAAACACCCUUUCUAAUAUUGCUUCAAUUUAUCUCUUUGCCAUCCAAUAUCCAAAUAUUUGCACAAAGUUAAUUGUAAAUAAGCUUUAUAUGCAGUUUCAGGCUUUAAUUCAUAUAUCGGUAGUUCAUCUCACAUCUAUGUAGCACAUACAUUUUGUCGGAUUACUUACUGGUGUCACAACUUUGGCGAACACCAAUGCUACAGACACUUUCUGAGACAUGUGUCCAACACUCAAAUUGAAAGGGUCCUAUAUUUCCCUCAACUGUUUUCUUUAGGCCCAUUAACACUCAUAAGCAGCGAGCACACUCUGGACCAGCUAGGAGACUCUUAGGACAUUCUACAGACACUUGGGAACUCGGGGUCUUAAAACAGAAUAUUAGGCUCAAGAUAAAUCAUAGAAGAUGAUUUUUAUUAUUUGUGUGUGUGUGUAAAUGGGUGACAAUUUAUUGGCUUUUAAAGGCACGCAAGAAAGGUGAAACAGUUUUUGUCAGAGUACUUGUGUGAAUGAUGGUGUGAAUCAAGGCACAUUUGAUAUCUUAAUUACAUGUAUAGCUUUAUCUUUUGUAAUUCAUCUUCAGGAGCUUGCCCGAGUGUGGUUGUGGGUAUAUAAUAGAAUAAGAUAAUUUUUUAAAGCAUGUCCUCAAUGCGUCAUAUCCUCCGAAUUAUUGAAAAUUUACUUGUUGGAAUGAAACUCCACCAACAAGCUGGAACUGUGGGCUAUGGGCUGAGCAUAGGGCCAAAAAAAAAGACCUUAAGAGUCUCUAGCAAUGCCUGGAUUAUCACAAUAACAGUCAUCAUAUUUUAUGUUAAUUAAGGGAAGUUUAACGAUGCACCAACAAAUCAGAUACCCCUUACGAAUCUUAGAAUUGGGCAAGGCAACCUAAGACCCUGAAGCAUAAGAAUAUCAAGCCCCUCCAUCAAACUGAAAAUAGUAGCAGCCAAGUACAAAGGUGUAACCAUGAAAGUCUUAUUUGAAAUAAUAGAACUGGAACCCAUAGGGCUUCCCUCGAACCUAGAAAGGUAUCUGUGAAAAUCUCCCAGCAAAUAAUAGAAGUGAAUCUAGUAAUAACCUGGAAAGGAAAUCUAACUGCUGCUCCAUGUGGAACACCUUUGACCUCAUCUGAAGGAGGCUGAGUUAACAUGGAGUUCUCUACAUCAGUAAUUAAAUAAGGAAUUUAUCCAAAAGAGGAGAAGACAUAAAUCCUUGACAGGGUCUUCAUUUUUGGGCUAUAACGGGUACUCCAACAAGCACUGGCCUUAGGACUGCAGCUUACAGGAAGGAAGAUUAUAUAGGUUGGGUUAGGGCUUUCUUUAGUGCCUAAUGGCGGUAACCCAUAUUCCAAGAGUACUUCCCUGGCUCGGGGAUAUUUAUGAGCUUCAAUUAACAAGGCAACAGCGGCAGUUUUAAGAGGAGCUCUAGUGGUAUUAAAAACCGUCCGACUCUCUAACUAUGAGUGCUUAACAGAGAUUUGGAAAGGUGUUCUCAAUUGUUUGGCAAAAGGCUCAAGGCAAGUACAACCUCUGAAUAAUUCCAUAGACACCUAUCGCCACCUUAGCUAUGACCAAUUGUUAUGGCUCCACUUCUUAUUCGAGGUAGACCAUUCUAUCCACACAACUCCAUACUGGAAAGUCGUUUCAUUUCUGGAUGGAUGAAAGGGCUGACGCUCUCGACUCUUAGCGAAAGGAAGAGAGGCCCUCUCCCCAGAGGGGUUGAGCCAUACCUCAACAGAUCGGUGGAAGGAGAGAGAGCUGUCAAAGCAGUAAAAGCAAGCUACCAGAUUAAGAAGUUGAUUGAUGUGGAGGCACUAGGACUAUCACGGUUAGCUGUGAUUGUGCUUGACAUGCACACAGACGUUAAGGGUUAUUCCUUGUUCACCCUUCCCCAAGUCAGAGAUGAAUUCUGGGACUUCUAUAAGUGCUACUUCCACCCACGGCUGCUUCAAGAUACAAAGGUCUGUGUCAACCAUCUCUUGAAACUUGAAAGUGAUGGCAGAGUUCUCAUAGUAGAACUGAUUUGCUAAGAAAAGGGUGUUUUCAUCCUCUUGUAUGUUGGUCCAGCUUGCAAGCCUUUAAGAAAUUAACCCGUUUUGUAUGCAAUCAAGCCAAACAGAGUAUUGCUCAGGCAUGACUCAAAUUCUUUUUAAAAGAGUUCAAGAUCGGCUCGAGUUUGAGAAUUUUUAAGAUUAAUUGUUCAAUCUCGACUCAUAAUUGAAGUUUUGUGAUGUGAUAAGCUUGGUUUGUCUCAAGAAAUAUGCAAGUCAAUCUCGAGCUUUCAUGCAUGGGUUUAAGUUUGUGAAAUUUCGAGCCAUCAAGUCUGA